AUGUCUAUAAGUGGGAGGAAGUUUAGGUCAAGAAAGGAACAGCUAGCGUAUGAUGCUUCUAUUGCGGGCAGAUAUCAAAAACUGCUGAAAAAAAAUCCCUUCUUAUACUUUGGUUUGCCCUUCUGUAGUCUAAUAGUGUUGGGAUCGUACUGGUUAUCGGGAUUCACAGCGGUAAAAUACGAGCAGGCAGACAGAAAGAUUCAGGAACUACAAGAGGAAGACCUGGUGAAAAUGAAAACCAGUCAGCGGAAGUUCGACCUGAAAGAAGAGUACUACCGCUUACAAGGUCUUGCUGAAGAAGAUUGGGAGCCGGUAAGAGUCCCUAGAGGAGAGGGAGAAUCGGAAAAUGUAUGGUAG